UAAUUAUCAAGUCUCCGCAUGAGUGGCUUCCUGAACCCGAAGCUGUUGUUGCCAGAAUAGGGGCCGGGGUUUUCCCUUGCUAGAGGCAACGGAAAGCAGACUCGUGGAUUGAAGAUGGAUGUGUCAGUUGGACAUGCUUGUAGGACAAUUCAACAGAAAUGAGACGGAGCUCAUAGUAACUUCUCUUUGUCAACGGCGAUCUUUCGAGCCGUAAUGACCACCAGGGAUGGCCCACUUUAAACAAGGUAUCCAGAAGGCCAGGAUUUAAAUUAAUCGUGAACCGAGCAUUCAACGGCCAGAUGCAACACGAUCGGCGAAUCCGGAAGGACUUGUAGCUCCCGGCUCCCAAUAGAAGUACCCCUCAGAGAACCUUACUCAGCAACUCCAGGAAAGGUGAGAGGCACCGCGUGCGCCUUGUAGCGAGGUUUGAUCGAUAUUGGCGUUUGAUCACGCUGCCCGACGCCAUGAUGCUCAACCGGUUGGAGACGGGGAGCCUUGCUUCGGCAUUUCGUGGCUCCCGGGAAGAGUUUGUGGUGAGCAGGGGGAGGUCUCCCGGGCGAUCGCAGUCGAUUCAAGUGCGAGCCAGCUCGGGCGGUGAUCCAGCAGGAUGGCUGCAGACCGCCUCGAAGCAGCUCGGCAAGCUGAGCAGCUUCGGGGAGAAAAGGAAGACUGCGACCAGCACUUCCACUCGAGGACCCUCCGGCGACAACGUGCAGUACACGGGCGUUGCCACGACCAUGAAGAAGCUGAAGGUGCUGGACCUGAUCGACCGGGUUGCGGACAUUCAGGACGACACCAGUGAGAUUGUGGGAGGAAAGCGCGUGACCGUUCAGCUCGUGAGCAAGGAUGUCGAUCCAAAGACGGGUGAGAGCAUGAAGAGCAGUGAGGUGAUCUUCCCAAACUGGGCUGGGCUUGAGGGACCAGCUGCCUCGCUCAUCGACUUCGUGCUCGAGUUCACCGUGCCCAAGUCAUUUGGCGUCCCAGGGGCCAUCCUUGUGAAGAACGCCCACCCGAACGAGUUCCUACUGGUGUCGUUCGAACUGGAGCUCCAUGACAAGAGCAAGGCACAUUACGUCACCAACUCGUGGGUGUACAAUACCGAGAAGACAGGGGCUCGCAUUUUUUUCCAGAACACGGCCUACCUGCCGGACGAAACUCCAGCCUCCCUCAAGGCUUUAAGGGAGCAGGAGCUUAUCAACCUUCGAGGUGACGGAACUGGUGAACGACAAAUCGGCGAUCGCAUAUACGACUACGCGGUAUAUAAUGACUUGGGCAACAUAGAGCAGAACGAGAAAUUCGAGCGACCCAACCUGGGCGGCAAUGACAUGUACCACUUUCCUCGCAGAAUGCGAACAGGUCGACGCAACACCACGGUCGAGGCGAAGAAAUUUCCCGGAAUGGUGUACGAGACGCGGAAGACGAAGGGUGAUUUUUACAUCCCUCGCGAUGAGGCCUUCGAGCGCGCGAAGAUGUCCGAUUUCCUGGCGGACGGAUUCCGCUCCAUCGGUCACUCCGUAUCGUCGAAGGUGACCGGCUUCGUGACGAGGAAGCAGGAGUUCGAUACCGUUGAGGAGAUCAAGAAGCUCUACGCGAAGAAGGGAGAAAAAGUGGGAGGGAUCAACAACGUCUUGCCCGACAAAGAAGACAUCCCGGAGCAGGAGCAAUACCCUUUGGUCUUUUUGCAAGAAGUACUAAAGCCAGAUGGAAAAAUGGAGCAUCCGCUGCUUUAUCCUCUUCCUCAGCUGUUGCAAGCCGACGACACGUCCUGGAGAAGCAAUGACGAGUUUGCUCGGGAAUUUCUGGCGGGAUUGAAUCCGGUGAUGAUCACGCGGGUGAAGGAGUUUCCAAUUAGGAGUUCACUCGACCCUGCGGAAUUCGGUGAUCCCACAUCCGCCAUCACCAAGGACCAUAUUGAAGGUAGCUUGGAAGGCCUGAGCGUCGAAGAGGCGGUGACAAGUAACAGGCUGUUCGUCGUCGAUUACCACGACGCGUUCCUCCCGUUUGUGGCGAAAAUCAACGCACAACAGAACAGCGCAACAUACGCCACCCGAACACUUCUUUUCUUGUCCAAGGAUGGAAUCCUGAAGUUGCUCGCGAUAGAACUGGCCCUGCCCCCGAAGACGGUCGGAGAGGAGAGGAUCACCCGUGUGCUAACCACCCGAAAGGACGAUCAACUUUGGAAAGUGAACUGGGAGUGGGAGCUGGCGAAAGCUCACGUCUCGAACAACGACAUCACCGCGCACCAAGUUUUUAGCCACUUCUCGCGGUGUCACGCGGUGACGGAGGCGGUGAUCAUUUGCUCGAACCGUAACCUCAGCAAGCUGCAUCCGCUCAUGCAACUGUUGGCACCACACUUCAAGAGUACGCUCGAGAUCAACCGGCAGGCACGAGCGACUUUGAUCGCCGCGGGUGGGUCUAUCGAAACUCACUUCACAACACGCGCGUACUCGUUGGAGAUGGCUGCCGUGAACUACAAAGACACGUGGACGUUCGAGUCGCAAGCACUGCCUACCGACUUGGUCGCCAGGGGCAUGGCGGUGCCAGACCCGGAUUCGCCGCACGGAGUGAGGCUUGUGGUGGAAGACUAUCCGUACGCCGCGGAUGGGCUCGAGCUGUGGGGCGCUCUGAAGGCGUGGCACAAGGAAUACGUCGAUAUCUAUUACAAGGAUGACGCCGCUGUGCUGCAAGAUAGUGAGCUCAUGACAUGGUGGACCGAAAUGCGGGAGAAAGCUCACGAGGACAAGAAGGACUCGCACGGGUGGCCGGAGCUGAACUCGAAGGAAGCUCUCGUGGACAUUUUGACGACUGUUAUUUGGAUACCUUCGUGCCUGCAUGCGGCUGUCAAUUUCGGCCAGUACGACUUCGCGGGAUUCAUGCCGCACCAUCCCACACUCACCCGACGCCUGCUUCCGGAGCACGGCAACGAGAAGGACAAAGCAGACUUCAACAAGAAUCCGGAGAAGUAUUAUCUGACAUCCAUCUCCAACAUCGACUCCACCACAACUGCGAUGUCUGUGUACGAGGUGCUGUCGGCGCACUGUCCGAUUGAGGAGUACAUUGGCGAGCGUCGCGGGAAUUGGACCAACAACGAAAAGGUGUUGGCCGCAUUCAAGGGCUUUAAGGAGAGCGUAAAUGAAGCGGACGCUGUGAUGAGGGCACGCAAUGCGGAUCCGAAGCUGAGGAACAGAGGUGGUCCUGUUAAGAUGCCGUAUCAGCUGCUCCGGCCUCAUUCGAAGCCUGGUGUGACAUCCAUGGGUGUGCCCAACAGCAUCACCAUAUAGGACAGAAGUAGUCGUGGGGGCUGUACCGCCGUACAGAGUAAGAUAAGUACGAAUGCCUAAAGCCUGGCCACACAGUGCGGGUGUAGGGUAGUGCGAACAGAUAGUAAGAUUCAGCAAUGCAACUGCCAUUCGUUUUGGUUCGAUUUUGUGAUACGAUAAAAACUAUUUCAGAUGACACUGGAGAGACCAGAGCAGCACAAACAAUCGAAAUAUGCAUUUAUACGCUUAAGGAAUGAAGUGAAUAUUACCAUUGGCAUUAGGAAUUGAAACUGAGAGCUUGUAAUCAUAACGGGCAAGACAUCCCGACAUUGUACGUUA